UCUAUAAGAUUUGAUGUUGCUUUUCAGAUUUUUGAGAGGGGUGUGAAAGGUAUACCACUUAGUAUAGACUUAUGGAUUCACUAUAUCACUUUCUAUACAACAGAAUUUGGAGAAAAUGAAGGUGCUGAAGAAAAAAUAAGAAAGCUAUAUGAACGAGCAGUAGAAGCUUCAGGUACAGAUUUUAAAUCUGAUAAACUAUGGGAUUCUUAUAUUGCCUGGGAAACCAGUAAAAACAACUUGAAACGUGUCACACAAUUAUAUGAAAAGGUCUUAUCUAUACCCACACAACUUUAUAGUCACCAUUUUGAAGGUUUCAAAAAUCACAUUCGAAAACAUCAUCCUAAAGAAACAUUGCAAUUAGAUGAAUUUUUAACGUUACGACAAGAGGUAGUGAUAUCUAGUAAGGAUGAACAUGAAGAUGAUGGAGGAGCUGAUGAAUUACCACCAGGUGAAGAUGAACCACCAGGUGUUGAUAUUCCACCUGGCCUGGAAGACACAAAUUCUGUGGGUGAUAAAGAUGAAGCUAUUAAAGUUCAAGAAAGAGUAAUAGAAUUACGAGAAGUUAUAUACAAACAAAAUGAAAACGAAGUCAGUAAAAGAUGGGGUUAUGAAGAAGCUAUCCGGAGGCCAUAUUUUCACGUGAAACCAUUAGAAAGAUCACAACUCAAGAAUUGGAGAGAAUAUUUAGAUUUUGAAAUCAGUAAUGGAUGCCAUGAGAGAGUUGUAGUUUUAUUUGAGAGAUGUAUGAUAGCAUGUGGCUUGUAUGAAGAUUUCUGGAUGAAGUAUGCUAAAUAUUUAGAACAACAUAGUACUAGUGGUGUACGCAAUGUUUAUAAAAGAGUUUGCCAGAUACAUUUACCAAAGAAACCGUAUAUACACCUGGCUUGGGCAGCUUUUGAAGAAAGACAACAGAACUAUACAGCAGCUAGAGAAGUAUUACGUGGUAUAGAACAGAAUGUUAAAGGGUUAGUCAUGGUAGCUAUAAGACGAAUUAGUCUAGAAAGAAGACAAGGAAACCAUACAGAAGUUGAACAGUUAUUUGAAGAAUAUAUUCGAACAGCUGCCACGCCCACCAUUCGAUCUUUCUUUUCGAUAAAAUAUGCCAGAUAUUUACAGAAGUUGAAAGAGAAUGCAGAUAAAGCUCGAACUAUUUUAAAAGAAGCAAUAUCUCAUGAUCAGAAAAAUGAGAAAUUGUUUAUGCAGUUAUUAGAUGUAGAAUAUCAGUGUCAUCCAAUAAAGAUAGAUAAAGUCAUGGAACUCUUCGAAAAUGCAUUUAAAAGUGAUAUACCUAAAACAUCAAAAGUGAAAUUAUCACAAAGAAGAAUGGAAUUUCUUGAAGAUUUUGGUAACUGUGUCAAAGUAAUAACAGAGGCAUAUGAUGAACAUCAGAAACUAGUGAAAGAUAUGACUAGUGAUAGUAGAAAACGAUCUGCUGAUUCAAGUGAAGGUUCUGUAGAGAAGAAAAGUAAAACAGAAAUAUCUUCUAAUGGAACAACUGGUGAUACUUUGAUUAAAUCUCACACAUCAACUACUGAUCCCAGUUCUUAUGAUUAUCAUUGGGAUGCAUAUUCAAAUAGUGCUUAUUCUUCUUAUAAUCCCCAUUAUUAUAACUACAGUUCAUAUUAUCAACAACAGUAUUAAGAAUUAAUCUCGGUUUAAUAUAAUAAUAUAAAACUAUGUAAGAACUCAUUUAAGAGUUUCAUGUAACUGAAAUUACCAAAACAUGUGUAACAAGAUCUGUGAUUUGUUUUGUGUGCUAUAUUGUUUAUCAAGAAAAGAACUUGAAAUGUGGAAUAGUAAUGAAUUGUGCAUACCUCUUAAAAGAGUACAAGAUAAUUGUACAUGUGCUGAGUAACUGAAUUUCAUUGAUGCUAAAAAAAUGAUUUGGUACCUGUACAUAAACCUUGAUUAGGUUUAUGCCUUCCUUUCGAUAACCCGUUUACACUUGGAGGUGAUAAGUGUGCCAUUCUCGGCACGGUACCAGGCCACGAUAAGUUUCAAGAAAUUGACCUGUUCACAUUGCUGUACAAUAACCAGUCUCGGAACAGUGCCAGGCACGCCAAAUAUGAAACUCUUCACAGAAAAGUUAAUUUCAGUCCCUUUGUAAAUUACUGGGAUGAGAACAUUUUAUUGCGGUUGAUUUAGUUUGGGUGGCCAUUUUGACAGAACUGUCAAAGUUUGCGGAAAAAAAAGACAAAGUUUAUUUGACGCAUGCGCAGUGAUCUGUACUGUGUACGGUUCUUAGACCGGAUAGUGUUUACACGUCAGUGGGCCACAUUGGCACGAUUAUGUUUAACCCAUUUAUACUACCCAAAAAUUAAACGGGGUUAGUUACACAUUCGAUGGCCCUUGCCAACCAUGGACGUGUUCAUUUAAAAGUGGUUCUUAAUAUUUUUUAUUGAGUUAUAAUAAGCCCUUUAACAAGAACUUGGUUUUGUUUUUAGUUAGUUUGUUGUAUUUAGAGUGCAAUUUUUUUCUAUCACAUUGAAAUGUCACCACCAUCCAUCUGUUGGCCUGUCUUUCAUCCACAAUAUGAGCACUCUAUAUAAUCACUUGUAGAGUUAUUGUCCUUGCUUCAUUUUGUAGAAUCUUGUGAAUGCUCUAACAUCACAAGUUGUAAACUUGUAUUCAUUACUCGGUAUUCAAAUGAAACAAAUUAAGGUACCUAUUGAAUUUCAACAAUUUCCAUUAAUUACUUGUAAAGUUAUGGCCCCUGUUGAAUGGUUUUAAUAGCAAAGUCAUCAUCUGUUCUACUUGGCCUAUGUUUUUACUUGUAAAGUUAUGGCCCCUGUUGAAUGCUUUUAAUAGCAAAGUCGUCAUCUGUUCUACUUGGCCUAUGCUUAUACACCAACAUGGAAAUGUGAUUACAUAUUUUCAUCGCCCCCGUCCGUACAAACAUCCUUCGUCCACAAUUUCUUGUAAACCCUCUAAAGACUACAUUUAUCAUCUGAUUGUUUUGAAAUUGAUAUAUGUUGUUUACAUUUCAAUAAUUUCCAUUAAUUUUUCUGUCUAACGAGAAAAGUUAUCAUCUGAUCUGUAUGAAAUUUAAACAGAUCAUUUAAAUUACUGACAAUAAUUAUGUCUAGAGUUACCGCCCUUGUUGAACCUUGUGAACAUUCGAAUGACGAAAGUUAUCAUCUGAUCUGUACGAAAUUUAAAUGGAUUAUUUAAAUUCCUGAAACGAAGAAUCUUAUUGAAUUUCAGCAAUUUCAAAUAAUUAUUUGUAGAAUUAUGGCCCUUGUUGAACCUUGUGAACGCUUGAAUGAUGAAAGUUAUCAUCCUAUCUGUAUGAAAUUUUUAUAUGCAUUAUUUAAAUUAGUGAAAUGAAGAAGCCUAUUGAAUUCCAGCCAUUUCUGUCAAUUACUUCUAAAUUUAUGGCCCUUGUUUUACUUUGUUGAACUUGUGAACGUUCAAAUGACAAAAGUUGUAAUCUGAUCUGGACGAAAUUUAUAUACAUUAUUUGAAUUAGUAAAACUAAAAAGCUGGUCAAAUUUCAACAAUUUCUGUAAAUUACUUCCAGAGUUAAGGCCCUUGUUUCAGUUUGCAGAACCUUGUGAACCCUCAAACGAUGAAAAUUAUAAUCUAAUCUGUAUGAAAUUGUCUUGUAAAUCAAUGCCCCCAAUUAUCAACAAAAGAAUAAAUGUCUGACAACCCUUGUCGAUUGCACGGACGAUUUAGCUGCUAUGGGCGUAUGUUUCGUUGUCUAGCAACCUAUCUUUUGAUUAUUGCGAUGAAUCACAAUUGGAAUAAUUUCUGAUAAUAUAGUUUCCUAAAAUCUUGUGAACCUGCCAAUGGUGUUAUACAUUAUAAAGAAUUUUCUUUUUAUUUACAUUGUAGUCUUUGUUUAGUUGCUUGGCAACCUGUCUUUGUUAAAUAUGUAGUGUUGUUGUUAUUUCAAGUACUGCUAAGUAUUUGUGAAAGAUAAAAUUAUAUUCAUGCAGAACAGAAAAUCUGCAUUGAUUGGAUGGGAACAUGGAAAUGUAGUCUAGAGUCUAGACGGAAGUAAAUUCUGUCCCCUCUUGUGCGGGUAUAAUUCCCCAAUCAAGUGCACACUUUUAGAGGUUAAUUAUACCUUAUUUUAGUUGCCUAGUUACAUAACCAACAGGAAGCAAUCAGCGGAAAAAAAUAUCUACAUUACUUUUUCCUGUAAACUUGACCAAAAUAAAGUCUUAUUCAAAACGUAAA